AUGGCCGACCCGCCGGCCCCCGACGCACAGCCGGAGCAGGCGCCAGCCGCCGCCGCUCCCGCUCCCGCUUCCGCUGACCCUGCUGAGGACGCCCCGGUCGAGAAGCCCCCCGCGGCGCCGCUCACGCCCGAGCCGGACGCCGCUGCGGCGGCGGAUGAGGUGGAGGAUGAGGAGUACGUGAGCGACCCCGACGAUGCGCCGCUUCCUAGGAUGCGGCGCCGAGAGGCCAGCGACGACGAGGGGUCCGAGGACGGGAGGCCCAGGGCGCGGAUCGGCCCUGAUCAGGACGACGACGGCCAGGGGGCCCCCGAGGCGUACGACGACGAGGUGGACGAGGAGGAUGAGGAGUACUACGACGACGAAGAGGAGGACGUGGUAGAGGGGUUCGAGGAGGAGUAUGUAGGGCGCGCGGCACCUCCCAUGGAGGACGGCGGCGGCCAGGUCUCGCGCGGAGAGGAUGGCGUGACUGGGGAAGAGGGAUUGCCGGAGGGGGAGGCUAAGGGCGAGGGGGAAGAGAAGGAGCAGGAGCCCUUCGCCGUGCCCACUUCCGGCGCCUUCUACAUGCACGAUGACCGGUUUCAGGAGGAGAACCGCGGCAGACGCAGGCGAAUGUUUGGUGCGAGGAAGUUAUGGGAUGCUAAAGACGAUCAAGCUUGGGUGCAUGAUAGAUUUGAGGAGAUGAACUUGCAUGAUGAUCGCUAUGAAGACCAGCGGAUGUCAAGAGGCCGUUUUAGAGGUCGUGGUGGUCGAGGUAAAGCAAGAGGUGGUGGCCGUGGUUCCUCCAGAGGUGGAAAGCAGCGCAAUUACCAUGAAGAUGGCAACAACCAAAACCGCCCCCCAAAGGUAGUGAGAGGGAGAGGACCUCAGCGUUAUGAAGCUGUUGCAAGGAACAGCAGAGAGGUUGUUGGAUCCCAACGAAAACAAGCAGCUAGAUUUCGAGAACCUGCUCCAAAUGCUGCAGCAGCCAGAGAUUCUGGUCAAGUUUCACAUGCACAGCCAGAGGCUGCCCCUCCCAAAAAGAAUGUCAUCAGUUCAAGCCUAAAUUCUGCGUCCCCACCAUUUUAUCCCUCUGGUGCAUCUACUCAAGAUUUUCCAGUAGCAGCUCAAAGGAGGGACGUACAAACAGGGGGUUCUAAUAAGAUUCCUCCAUCUUCCAUUAAGAUGGAUGAUAACUCAAAGCUACAAUCUGGUUCAAUGGUUAGAGGGAGAACAUCCAUGGAUUAUGGUGGGCGUGAUAGGUUUCAUGCUGAUGGUCCUGUUAGGUCAUCCCUUGGAAGGGCGCCGACGACAUCACUGAAUUCAGGAUUCACAUCAUCAUCGGUUAAUCCUGGCCAAUCCCCUAUUGUCAGGGCUUCAGGGGGCAAUUCAAACAUCGGAAUAUCUUCAAAUAAUCAGCCCACUUCAUCGCUUCACCAAACGUCAAGAAUUUCUACACAGCCACAAAGUCAUGGAUCAGUGAUGCACCAGAAGUCAGGGCAAGUGCAGAAUCAGUCUGCAGCAAGAAUCCCAACUCAGCAAUUGAGCCAUCGGACUAGCAAUUCGUCACCAGCGGCUCAGCAUCUACCUGUUAAAUCAACAGAAAGUGGCGAGAACGGUUCACAUCCUAGUCUGAAUAAUUCAAAGGCAGCUUCUGCGGUGGUAAAAGCCAAUAGCCAGGAAACUGGAAUGGGUUCAUUUAUGUAUGGUGGCGCCCAAGUUAUUGGGGCCGCUGGUCUUUCCCAGGGCGAUCAAAAUUUUCCUGGCACUCCAGCUCUGCUGCCAGUGAUGCAAUUUGGGGGUCAGCAUCCUGGUGGUCUUGGAGUUCCUACCGUUGGUAUGGCCCUCCCUGGCUAUGUAGCUCCACAGCAGAUGGGAAUGGGAAACAAUGAAAUGGCAUGGUUGCCAUUAUUGGCUGGUGCAACUGGUGCUUUUGGAGGAUCAUAUCCACCCUACAUAGCCCUUGAUCCGAGUUUUUACUCCAGAUCUUCAGGACAGACAUCAUCAUCAGUUCCAUCCAGGGAAACUAGUGCUAAUAGAGGGUCUAAAUCUCCUCCUCGAAAUGAUAUUGGCAAUGAGGAGCUUGAUCAGCGCCAGAACAAGCCUAGGAGAUACUCAGAGAUGAACUUCAGCCAGUCUUAUGCCUGUUCGUGCUGGGAGUUAUCUGAUGGGGUCACUUCACAGCAGAGCAGGGGUGGCAUUCGUUACUUGAAUUGUAGCUUCCAGCCCGGGAAGGAGAUCCAUCUCAUGGCCGCAAGGGGUUUCGAGAGAGUUUCACGCUGGUUCCAGCGAUCCUCUGCAGGUGGUUUGAAGGACGAAGACGACCGCAGCGAGAGGAAUGGCUUGCUGAGGAGCCACUUGGAUCAGAUCGUGCCGGUCACGGAUUUUGCUGGCACGUCCAAGGCGUUAGCUGUCCAUAUAGAACCAAAGACCGUAGCACUGAAGGUGUCCAUGCACUGCCGUGGCUGCGCAAGGAAGGUCGAGAAGCAAGUCUCCAAGCUGCAAGGGGUCGUAUCCUUCAGAGUGGAGCUGGAGAGCAAGAGGCUGACCGUUGUCGGAAAUGUUAGCCCCACGGAAGUUCUGGAGUGCGUGUGCAAGGUGACGAAGCAUGCAGAGAUUUUGCAGGCUGCCUAG